AUGUUUCCCUCUGUUCAGCUGAAGAAAACUGUAUUUUUAAGGCUUUCAAAGAUAUUAUCUCUAUCUUCAGUGGUGUCAAGAAACAAAGCCCAAGAAUUGAUAAGGAGUGGAAACGUUAAGGUGGAUAAUCAGAUUGUUAAGCAAAAUACUGUAAUUGAUGUAAACUCAAAAAUAGAAGUGAAUGGGUGUGAAAUAAAUGUAGAUAUAACGACAAAGUUAUGGGGAAUAUAUAAGCCGAAAAAUGUGUUUUGUAAUACAGAUCAAAAUUAUAUAUACGAAGAAAAAAAAUUAAUAAAUAAAAAAAAAAAACAUAUAUUAUUAAAUGAUGGAAAUGAUAAAUUACAAAUAAGUUCUGAAAAUAUGAGAAAAUUAAUAGAGGAAAAUAAAUUAAAAGGAGAAAAUAACAUGAUGAAUAAUAAGACAUUAAUUUACAAAAGUGAUUUUUAUAAUACUAACAAAAUAAAUCGAAAUGAUAACACUAAUAUAUACCGAGAUAUGCAUUUUCCAAAUUAUACAGAAACAAGAAUGAACAAAAGAAAGAUUCAAGAUAAUGAAAAAAAUAUUACAAUUAGUACAAACACAUCUAAACUUAAUGUUAAUCUUUUUGAUUUUAUAAAAAAAAAAAAUAUAUUAUAUGAAGAAAAAAAUAAAAUUGAAAAUUAUAUACCAGAGCAUUUAAUUAUUGUAAAUAGUCUCGAUUCUGAUAUGGAAGGAAUAAUAUUAUUAACAAAUGAUGGUGAUUUUGCAAACAAAUUAAAAGAUAUAAAUAAUAAUAUAUUGACAACUUAUUUAAUAAAAACUCAAGAAGAAUUAACUAAUGAAAAAAUCGAACUACUAAGAAAAGGUUGUACAAUAGGUGGUAUAACUAUUCGUCCUUUAGAAUUAAAAAUAAUAAAACCAAAUUUUUUAUAUAAAUGGAUUAAAUUAACAUAUGUAGAAAAAUCACAAACACAUUUAAAUCUACUUUUUUCAAAAUAUAAUAUGACUAUAAGAAAGUGUAAAAGAUAUUCCUUUGGCCCAUAUAAAUCUUCUGAUUUAUCAGGAAAUUUUCUCAGACCAUUAAAAAUACACUCAACUAUUAAUCAUCUUAUACCAAGACAUGAAUAUAAAUUAGCUUUAUCACACCCUACUGGUAACAUCUUAAUGGAUUGUCACCAAAAAUGUAUUAAAAUCAAGGAUUAUUUAAACGAUUCUGUUAUACGAGGAUAG